AUGCCCGGGCGCAUGCGGAUGAUUGACGCGGAGACCCUUCGCGACGAGAUUCGGGAGAAUCCGAAAUCGACCCGGUGGGUGAGUAAGCGGGGCGUCGUGCGGAAGAAGCAGGGGGGUGGCAAGGGGAAGGGUGAUGCGGUUGAUGAAGGCCAGGCUCGAGAGAGGUGUGCACGGGACGGGUACGAGAGGGAGAAGCAUCGGAGAGAGAUGUCUGAGAUAGAUGCGCUUGCUUGGAAGAUGCAUGCGCGGGAGAUGUACGAGAGAGAGAAGCAUCAGGGAGAGAUGUCUGAGAUAGACGCGCUUGCUAGGAAGAUGCAUGCACGAGACAUGUACGAGAGGGAGAAGCAUCAGAGAGAGAUGUCUGAGAUAGACGCGCAUGCUAGGAAGAUGCAUGCGCGGGCGAUGCAUGACAGGCAGGUGCACACGCAGGAGUUGUAUGAGAGCGAGAAGCGUGAGAGGGAAAAGCUUGAGAGCGAAAAGCUUGAGAGAGACUUACGCGCUCGGGAGAUUCAUGCGCGAGAGAUGCACGACAAACAGACGCUUGGCCGAGAUUAUGAGAGACACAUGAAUGAGAGAGACAUGCCUGAAAUGGGGGAGGAGAAAUCACCCUCCCCUCCGACCACGGUCGCAGUUCUGACCCACACCACCACGCUGACUACGAAGACGACUACGAUCUCUCCCACCAGCCUCAUCGCGGAGCCAGACCAUCUCGUCGUCGUAGUCGUCACGAUGACGAUGAAAACGACCCGGAGGUGCUUUUCGCACCCUUUCGUCGCUUACGGCCUCCCAAUCCUUCAUUUCGCCAGCCAGCCAACCGGAACCGAGGACCAUAUGAUACGGGACUUCCGGCCCCUGACUCUCAAUCGGCGCGCCUACCUCCCAAGCCUCAGCGAUAUCAGGAAAACCCCUCAGCAGGAACAACCAGUAUGGCGUAAUGAGUGGACAUCUCUUGCUCUCGAUGUUGAUCCCAUGACAGGAGCUGGUCGGGCUUGA